AUGCGAUUAUAUUUUUUGCUUCUUUCUUAUUGUGGAGCUCUUAACAAAUUGCAGUUAGAUACUGGACGUCUUUAUAACGUGUUACAAGCUUUUGGUGGAAUAUUGAGAAUGUGGGAGGAGUAUUCAGAUUAUGAUUUAGCUCAACUGUGGUUUGGACGCCGACCAACUCGUAUCUUACUUGAGCUAGAAGAAUAUAGAAAACGUAGAUAUCCCUUUGACUUUGCCACAUAUGAACAAUUUGAAGAUAAUGCGCUGCAAUUUUGGGAAUUCGCUUCACCUUCAACUAAAGAAUUAAGUCCAUUAGCCAAUGACUAUGGAGUUCAAUGGGAUUUUUUCAUACUAACUGUCGUUGCCGUCUCCAU